CAACCCAUGUGUGGUAGUCUGCGGUCUUGAUUCAACUUUUUCUUCUCACUUGUGCUCGAGUUCUUUGUUUUUGUCCAUCCCGCUGUCUCUCUCUUAAAAAUAUCCCACCCUCUUAAAUAUAUAGUUUGUUUCCAUGUCGCCUGGAAUGAGUUUUGCAGUGGAUACCAACAGGGAAGAUGAAGUGCAGCUAGAAAGCCGAUACCAAAAGGGAGUGAGACAUUUAUGUGACAGUGGGAUUACAAAAGUUCCAAGAAAGUACAUCUUGCCCAUUUCGGACAGACCUAAUUCAUUCAAGGGUGAUCAAAAUGCCGAAAACUUGAGUAUCAACUUGCCCAUUAUCGAUUUCUCUCAGCUGCAAGGCCCCAAUAGAUACCAAGUUCUUAAUUCCCUCGCCAAAGCUUGUGAAGAAUAUGGGUUUUUUCAGUUGGUAAACCAUGGCAUUGCAAAUGAUGCCAUAGUUAAGAUGAUAGAUGUGGGUAGAAGAUUUUUUGAGCUUCCUUUUGAUGAGAGAGCAAAAUUUAUGACAGCAGAUAUGUAUUCACCUGUCCGGUAUGGCACAAGCUUUAACCAAAACAAAGAUGGAGUGUUUUGUUGGAGGGACUUCUUAAAGCUAAGCUGCAACCCCGUAUCAGAAGUUCUUUCCUUUUGGCCAUCUUCCCCUGUGGACUUGAGGCUGGCGGCAGUUAACUACUCAAAGGAAACUAAAGGCUUGUAUCUAAUGCUGAUGGAGGCUAUCCUAGAGAGCCUAGGGUUGGUGGGAGCCACCAAGGAAGAGAGUGACAGUUUAAAAGAAUUUGAAGAUGGAAGCCAACUCAUGGUUGUGAACUGUUACCCUUCAUGCCCAGAGCCUGACCUAACCCUUGGCAUGCCACCUCACUCGGACUAUGGUUUGCUCACACUUCUCCUUCAAGAUGAAGUGAGGGGACUCCAGAUACAGCACGAAGAAAAGUGGGUUACUGUUGAGCCCAUUCCAAACUCUUUUGUUGUGAAUGUUGGUGACCAUCUUGAGAUAUUCAGCAAUGGGAGGUACAAGAGUGUUCUCCAUAGGGUUCUUGUGAAUUCUUCAAACUCUCGAAUCUCCGUGGCCUCACUGCAUAGUCUGCCUGUGGAGACCAUUGUUAAGCCAUCACCCAAACUCAUCAAUGAAGCCAAUCCAAGACUUUACAAGGACACAGACUUUGCCACUUUUCUCAAAUAUAUUUCAUCUUGUGAACCCAAGAGCAAGAAUUUCCUUCAAUCUAGAAGAUUGACAUAAGGGAUAACCAUGUAACUGCCAAUAAAAUUUCUGUCUUUAUUUUUAACUUUCAUAGCAGCCAAUAUGCAGUAAUGAUUUGUUGGGAGAUUAUGUAAUUCCGUAAUAAUAUAUUUUGACAAUUAUAUAUAGAAUGAGAAGUAUUG